AUGGGACAGGAGAACCAAUCCUCUGUGACAGAAUUUGUCUUCCUAGGCCUCUCACAGGAUGCACAGACACAAGUCCUGCUCUUCUUCCUCUUCCUGGCCAUCUACCUGCUCACCGUGCUUGGAAACCUGCUGAUCAUCGUGCUCAUUCACAUUGACUCCAGACUCCACACACCCAUGUACUUUUUCCUUAGAAACCUCUCCUUCGUUGAUUUCUGUUUUUCUACUACCAUAGUUCCCCAAAUGCUUGUCCACUUCUUAGCAAAGGAGAAAACCAUUUCCUUUGUUGGAUGUGCAACACAAAUAGUUAUGUUACUUCUGUUUGGCUGUACAGAGUGUGCACUGCUGGCGGUGAUGUCCUAUGACCGCUAUGUAGCUGUCUGCAAGCCCCUGCACUACUUCACCAUCAUGACACAGGGGCUAUGUGUCCAGCUUGCCAUAGGGUCCUGGGCCAGUGGAGCAUUUGUGUCCGUGGUGGACACUACAUUCACCCUGCAUCUUCCCUACCGAGGAAAUCACAUCAUCAACCACUUUUUCUGUGAGCCUCCUGCCCUCCUGAAGCUGGCCUCAGCAGACACUUACAGCACAGAGAUGGCCAUCUUUGCCAUGGGGGUGGUAAUCCUGCUAGCUCCUGUCUCCCUCAUCCUGGUCUCCUACUGGAACAUCAUCUCCACCGUGAUCCACAUGCAGUCUGGGGAGGGCAGGCUGAAGGUUUUCUCCACCUGUGGUUCUCAUCUCAUUGUUGUUAUUCUCUUCUAUGGCUCAGCGAUAUUUGCCUACAUGAGGCCCAACUCCAAAAUAAUGAGUGAGAGGGAUAAAACGAUCUCUGUGUUCUACUCAGCAGUGACACCCAUGCUGAAUCCCAUCAUUUAUAGCCUGAGGAACAAGGAUGUCAAGGGGGCCUUCAGGAGAGUGAUGGCAAAAUAG